ACAUCAAAAGUGACAAUCUUCUCGACCGACAAGUUGAAGUGAAGUGUGCAUAUCGGUCUUUUUCAUAAAAUAAACAAAAAAUUGUUGUGAUUUAUAAACUAUGGAUUCAUCAGUCCAAUAACUCACAUUACUUCAAUAAAACCAGCGUGCAUUUCAUUUGUUUGAUCGAAAUUUCGAACCGAAACACAAAAAUCUAAUCAAAAAUGUUUUCAAUUUGCAAACAAACGCAUCCUGCCACAGGAAUCGAAUUCUCUAUUACCUGUCGGUUUUUCAACAAUUCCGAGGAGAAUAUAGUGACCGGUGGAGCGAAUGUAUUGAAAGUGUUUCGUAUCAUUCCUGAUGUGGAUCCGACCAAUACAACGGAUAAAUUUAGCGAACUCCGACCACCGAAAAUGCGACUCGAAUGCAUGUGUACAUACACCCUAUACGGCAACAUAAUGUCACUGCAAUCCGUAUCGCUAGCCGGUUCACAGCGUGACGCUUUGCUAAUUAGUUUUAAAGAUGCUAAGCUGUCGGUUGUUCAACAUGAUCCCGACACGUUCGAGCUGAAAACGUUAUCUUUGCACUACUUCGAGGAGGAUGAUAUCAAGGGAGGUUGGACGAGUAAUUAUCAUAUUCCAAUGGUGCGUGUGGAUCCAGACAAUCGUUGUGCGGUAAUGGUCGCCUAUGGGAAGAAAUUGGUGGUAUUGCCAUUUCGGCGAGACAGUUCGUUGGACGAAAUUGAAUUGCAAGAUGUGAAGCCAAUGAAAAAGACACCGGUUCAAUUGAUUGCGAAGACACCCAUAUUGGCCUCGUACAUCAUAACGCUGAAGGAUUUGGACGAGAAAAUCGACAACUUGAUUGAUAUUCAGUUCUUGCAUGGAUACUAUGAGCCAACGCUGUUGAUCGUUUACGAACCAGUUCGAACAUUUCCCGGUCGAAUAGCGGUUCGAACGGACACUUGCACUAUGGUCGCCAUUUCACUCAAUAUUCAACAGCGUGUGCAUCCGAUUAUUUGGACCGUAUCAGCUUUACCAUUCGACUGUUCGCAAGUACUGGCCAUCAAAAAACCGAUUGGUGGAUGUUUAGUGAUGUCACACAAUGCCUUGAUAUAUUUGAAUCAAAGUGUACCUCCAUACGGCGUCAGCUUGAAUAGUAUCGCAGACCAUAGUACGAGUUUUCCAUUGAAACCACAGAGUGAUGUUACCAUCAGUUUGGAUGCGGCACAGGUUGCAUUCAUUGAUUACGACAAGUUGGUACUAUCUCUCAAAGGAGGUGAAUUGUAUGUGCUGACGCUUUGUGCCGAUUCCAUGAGAAGCGUUCGAAGUUUUCACUUUAGCAAAGCCGCUAGUUCAGUGCUGACUAGUUGCUUAACUAUUUGCUGCGAAGAAUAUCUGUUCCUCGGUUCGCGUCUGGGCAACUCAUUACUCUUGAGAUUCACCGAAAAGGAUCACAGUACCGUAAUAACCAUUGACGAUACGGAUCAUACCGAAAAGGAGAAAGAGAAAGGUGCGUCGAUGCCGAUAGUUCUCGUCCAGCAAUGGAAUGAUUUGUUUCGUUUACAGAAUCCACGAAAGCGCCUAGAAGAAGAAGAAUUGGAGGUGUAUGGUAGCGGUGAGAAAACGUCCGUUCAAUUAACCAGUUUUACAUUCGAAGUGUGCGACAGUGUGCAAAACAUCGCUCCCAUCGGCUUUAUGACAAUUGGGGAAAGAUGUUCGGAGGAGUAUGUUAAAACAGAAAAUGAGGUCGAGGCCAAAGCUGAUUUGGAAGUGGUCACGUCAAGUGGACGAGGGAAAAAUGGUGCGCUCUGUGUACUGCAGAGUACGAUAAAGCCACACAUUAUCACCAGUUUCAGUUUGUCGGGGUGUCGCGAUGUGUGGACGGUGUUCGAUGAUCCCAAUCAGGAUGGCAGUGACAAACAUAAAUUUAUGAUUCUUUCUCAAAAAUCGUCUACGAUGAUUCUUCAAACGGGCGACGAGAUAAAUGAAAUCGAAAACACCGGAUUUUGUAACAAUCAAACGACGAUCUACGUGGGAAAUCUCGGAAACAAUCGUUACAUCGCUCAGAUUUUGACGAAGAAUAUACGACUGCUGCAGGGUACGCGCCUGCUACAAAACAUUCAGAUUGACAUAGACAGUCCACUGAAUUUGGUGUCGAUUGUCGAUCCGUACAUUUGUGUGAAAACGGAAAGUGGACAGGUUAUCACACUUGCUCUGCGAGAAACAAAAGGUGUUCCUAGACUGGCUGUUAACAAGAAUACCAUCAGUCCGACACCGGCAGUUGUAGCUAUGAGUGCGUACAAGGAUGUGUCGGGACUGUUGACACAUAAAUUGGAAACGAUAAAUUUGACCAGCGGAAAUGACUUUAUGAACACAGGAUACAUGAAACCGGAACCGAACAUGAAAAUCGAGGAUGAAGAGGACUUGCUGUACGGCGAAAGUGGAAAUGCAUUCAAAGUAACGAGUAUUGUGGAUUUAGCUAUUCCGUCGAAAACCAAACGUUCGGACUGGUGGCGCCGAUUAAUUCAGACAAAUAAACCGACCUAUUGGUUGUUCGUAACGCGCACCAACGGCAAUUUAGAGAUCUAUUUCAUGCCAGAUAUGAAAUUGGUGUACAUUGUGAAUAACGUUGGUAAUGGUAACAAGGUUUUGAGCGAUUCAAUGGAAUUUGUACCGCUGUCUUUCGGGGCUGACGAUGUCAUUCAUGGCGACAUUUCCUCGCAAAAUUUCAGUUCAAAUGUAAAUGCGGGAUUCGUUAAAGAAAUUCUGAUGGUCGGACUCGGUAACAGGGGAUCGAGACCGACAUUGUUCGUUCGCACUGAAACUGACAUAUUAAUUUACCGAGUGUACCGGUAUUGUCGCGGUCAUUUGAAGAUCCGCUUCCGUAAACUCAAUCACAGCAUUUUGAUACCGAAACCAAAGAUUUCUGAAGAGGAACCGGACGAAGAAUCUUUAGACACGAAUGUGGCCAAGAUGCGAUACUUUCAAAAUAUAUCCGCUCACAACGGAGUAUUAAUUUGCGGCGAUAGGCCCUACAUGGUGCUGUUAAGUGCUAGAGGAGAGCUCAGAACGCACAGCUUUUUCGGUUCGACCAUAAUGCGCAGUUUCGCCUCGUUCAAUAAUGUCAACUGUCCGAACGGUUUGAUUUAUUUCGAUGAACAGAACGAACUGCAAAUUGCCAUUUUCCCAUCGUAUCUGUCGUACGAUGCCCAAUGGCCAAUUAGAAAGGUGCCGCUUCGUUGCACACCGACAUUUAUCACUUAUCACAAGGAGAGUAAAGUUUACUGCUUGGUAACGGACACAGAAGAGGCGAGCACUAAAUAUUAUCGGUUCAAUGGCGAAGAUAAAGAAUUGACCGAGGAGAGUAAAGGGGAACGGUUCAUCUAUCCUUCCGUGAGUAAAUUCCAGGUAGUUCUGGUAUCACCGACGACAUGGGAAGUGGUACCAAAAACUUCCAUCGAACUGGAAGAGUGGGAACAUGUCAUUUCCUUCAAAAAUGUUCACUUGGCCUAUGAGGGAACGAGGUCCGGUUUCAAGGAGUAUAUCUGCGUUGGUACGAACUACAAUUACAGCGAGGACAUUACAUCACGUGGACGUAUUCUGCUAUACGAUAUUAUUCAAGUCGUGCCAGAACCAGACGCACCACUCACAUGUUUCAAGUUGAAAGAAGUUUACAUCAAGGAACAAAAAGGUCCAGUGUCGGCUAUCACUCACGUGCUUGGCUUUUUGGUUACAGCGGUUGGACAGAAGAUCUACCUCUGGCAAUUGAAAGACAAUGACCUGAUCGGCGUCGCCUUUAUCGACACUAACAUCUACGUGCAUCAGAUGGUCUCAAUCAAAUCAUUGAUUUUAGUCGCCGAUGUGUACAAAUCGAUAAAUUUGUUACGAUUCCAAGAGGAAUAUCGAACAUUGUCUCUUGUAUCAAGGGACUACAAUUUGCUGAACGUUUUGAAUGUUGAAUUUAUGGUCGACAAUACGAAUCUGGGAUUUCUUUCCAUGGACACCAGUGAAAAUUUGAUCAUCUACAUGUACCAACCGGAAUCGAGGGAUUCAUUCGGAGGACAAAAACUGCUAAGAAAAGCUGACUAUCACAUAGGCCAAAAAGUGAAUGCCAUGUUCAGGAUUCAAUGCAACAAUUCGAUGAUAGGCCAAUGGAACUAUGGGAACGAUACCAAACACACCACAUUUUUCGCAACAUUGGAUGGAGGUCUGGGCUAUUGCGUUCCACUGCCGGAGAAAACAUACCGUCGCUUGCUGAUGCUGCAAAAUGUCCUUCUCACGCACCUUGAACAUUUAUGUGGACUAAACCCGAAAACAUUCCGAACAAUCAAAAGCCAACAUCGGGCCAAUAUGAAUCCGUCUCGCUGUGUUGUUGAUGGUGAUUUGGUUUGGUCAUUUUUGAAUUUGCCGCUGAACGAGAAACAAGAAGUGUCGAAGAAAAUUGGCACAAAGAUCAGCGAAAUUUACUCGGAUUUGUUGGAAAUUGAAUACAUGACGUCAAGCUUUUGAGUGGACGACUCGAGUUUAGUGAAACUUUAUGUUUAUUACAAUUGUGUAAGAGAUGAAUUAAAUUGUGAAAACUG